AUGGCGACUUCGUCCUCUAUAAGUCGAGCAGUUCUCACUCGAGCCGUGCCAGUAGCAGCGUCUCGAAUUUCCUUCUGCCGCGUGCAUUCCCAUAGCCUCGCUCAAUUGGCGGCGCCUGAAAGGGCGGCAUCCAAGCGGUCGCGGCAAUGGCAGAUUCACGCGACGCGAGCCGAGAGCCGGCAGGACUCCGCCUCGUCGCCCGUGUCGCCCUCAUCCGCAGAGACAGCUAAAAUCGAUCUGAAAGUACGUCCGUCCUGUUUCUCGCAUUGCCCUUUCUCGCUCAUCCUCGCUCUGCCGCGCCCUCUCCCUUCUCCCGUUCCCUCUCUCCUCUCGGUGACCCCUCGAUCCGCUUUCGCCACCGCAGGAUGCGGCGCCGGGAGCGGCGGCAGCGCCGACAGGAUCGUGGGGCGGGCGUCUCUUCUGGGGGAGGCGGUAACCGGGCAGGGCAUUCUGGCACAGCUGAAUCUCGAGACGGGGAUCCCAGUGUAUGAAGCCGAGCCGCUGCUGCUCUUCUUUGUCCUAUUCAACAUGCUCGGCGCGGUCGGCGCGCUGGGGGACCGCGGGAAGUUUGUCCUGGAGCCGGUGAAGCCGCCCGUGCCGCCCGCUAAUGCCGGCUGGAAGGGCGCCCUGGGAUUGGUGGAGAAUGGUGGGUGGUCAGGGAGGGUGUAG